GACAGAGUGCUGAGUGCAGGAUAAUCACAAUACAAUAGCAAAUCUGUGUUGAUGCUGAGGCAGGAUAAUCAGAACGCUGGGGAACUGGGGGAUGGUACACUGGCAGUGAAAGAGAGUGAGAGAUAGAAAAAUCUAAUGAGUUAUUCUUACUGCUCAUGAUGUCUCUGCCAGUCUGUUCUCUGCCAUUUACAGUCCAGGAGGAAGUGCCUGUUGCUCCUCUGUAUGAGUUUACAGUUCAGGCACUGGACGGAGCUCCUGUGUCUCUGCGACAGUAUCAAGGGAAGAUCCUGCUGGUUACCAACUUGGCCACAUUCUGAGGGUCAACGAUACCACAGUUUCACAAACUGAACAUUCUAAUGGAUAAACUUUCCCAAUCCCCAUUCACUGUUUUGGGUUUUCCCUGUAACCAGUUUGGACAACAGGAUCCAGAGAAAGACCACGAGACUCUGAAUUUUCUCAAGUUUGUGCGUCCAGGAGGGGGCUUUGUUCCUAAAUUUCCCAUAUUUGGCAAGAUUGAGGUGAAUGGCGAGAAAGAGCAUCCUCUCUACACGUUUUUGAAGGUUUCAUGUCCCUUUGUCAACCCUGUCAUUGGUGACCAAACAAGGCUGCACUGGUCACCGUUGAAAGUGAGUGACGUUCGCUGGAACUUUGAGAAGUUCUUGGUUGAUCUGAAUGGGCGACCAUAUAAAAGGUACGACCUUGCUACACCAUUCGACGUUAUUGAAGAUGAUAUUUUGAUGCUGCAACACCAGAAGAGUUACGUUUAGAUUACGUAAAG